AUGGACAGUAAUUUUGAUAACCUGGAUGCUGCUGGUUUCCUGGAAAUCUGGCAAUACUUUGAUGCAGAUGAUAACGGCUACAUCGAAGGCAAAGAGCUGGAUGACUUUUUCCGUCAUAUGAUGAAGAAACUGGGUCCACAGGAGAAGGCCACAGAGGAGAGGGUACAGAGACUUAAGCAGAGGUUUAUGUCUGCCUAUGAUGUUACAGCCGAUGGGAAACUACAGAUUCAAGAGCUGGCCAACAUGAUCCUGCCUGAAGAUGAAAACUUCCUGUUAAUUUUCCGCAAAGAAGCUCAUCUGUACAACAGCGUCGAAUUCAUGAAGAUAUGGAAGAAGUAUGAUGUUGACUGCAGUGGGUACAUAUCAGCUCAGGAGCUGAAGACAUUCUUAAAAGACUUGUUCCAGCAGCACAACAAGAAUUUACCCUCUGCCAAGUUGGAAGAAUACACUGACACUAUGAGUAAAACAGGAGCUCUGGAGGGUACUGAAGUUGAUGGCUUUAUCAAAGACAUGAUGGGCCUGGUCAGGCCAAAUAUCACGGGUCCGGACCUGGACAAGCUGCGUACUAUUCUGCUGAGUCACUGCGAUGUCAACAAGGAUGGAAAAAUCCAGAAAAAUGAGUUGGCUCUGUGUCUGGGAGUCAAGAUGAAACUUUAGAGCCCAUAUAGUGUGUUACUAUCAGCGUGUGUCGUUUGGUCAAUGAUAUAUGUCAUGUUU